AUGGAAGGUGAAAACUCAGGUUUGCCUUUAAUCAAACAAGAAAAUAACAUUUUGGAAGAUGGACAUACCGAAAUCACAGUUGAUGGAUCUUUAUUUAUAGAUUCUUCCAUAGAAGUGAAGGCAGAGCCAGAAUAUAUGGAUUGUAGUGAAACUGACGUAAAAUAUACAUGCCAGGAUAUAAAGAGUGAAGAAGACCAUCUAAGUUUUGACAUAGAAAAUGGAAAGAUCUAUAUUGAAGAAGAAAAUACAGAUUCGGGUAGAAAAGACAUAUUUUCAGAGAGAAGCAACACAGCAGGCAAGCAACUAACUUGUGCUGAAUGCCAAAGGACAUUUUCACAUAGGUGCAGUCUGAAAUACCACAUGAGAACUCAUACAGGUGAGAAGCCAUAUACUUGCUCUAUAUGUCAAAGAAGUUUUUUUGAUCAAAGUCAUCUCAAAACACACAUGAGAACUCAUACAGGAGAGAAACCAUAUACUUGCUAUGUAUGUCAAAGAAGUUUUUCUCGUCGAGGUAAUCUCAAAACACACAUAAGAACUCAUACAGGAGAGAAACCAUAUACUUGCUCUAUUUGUCAAAAAAGUUUUUCUGAUUUAAGUACUCUCACAAAACACAUGAAAAUUCAUACAGGAGAGAAACCAUAUACUUGUUCUAUAUGUCAAAGAAAUUUUACUUGUCAAACUCAACUCAAAACACACACGAGAACUCAUACAGGAGAAAAACCAUUCACUUGUUCUGUAUGUCAAAGUAGUUUUUCUCUCUCAGCUGCUCUCAAAAGACACAUGAAAACUCAUACAGGAGAAAAACCAUUCACUUGUUCUGUAUGUCAAGGUAGUUUUUCUCACUCAGGUGCUCUCAAAAGACACAUGAAAACUCAUACAGCAGAGAAACUAUGCUCAGUAUGUCAAAUAAGUUUUUCUGAUCAGAGUGAUCUCAAAGCACACAUGAGAACUCAUACAAAACUAUAUACCUGCUCUGUAUGUCUAAGAAGUUAUUCUAGUAAAGGUAAUCUUAAAAGACACAUGGGAUAUCAUUUAAUCAAACAAGAAAAUGAUAAGUUUGAGGACGAACAUUCCAAAUUGACAGUUAAUGGAUCUUUAUUUGUGGAUUCUUCCAUAGAAGUCAAAGGGGGAGCCAGAAUAUAUUGA